AUGCUACAGAAGAAGUCGCAAACAGUAGCGCAAGUCGACAUGGAGGCGUUUCUACAACGCCGGCCAGCCUACACUAUCCUCCCUACGCCCUUGCCGGACCACGAGCCUAACAAGUUUAACAGCCUUUACUUUACAGACUCGCCGACUCAGGACUUACUUUCAGUCAUGGAUGCAUGUUUGCACAAUCUAUAUGACGUACCGCGAGCGAAGGCCGUUUUCGAUAAUAUGCGGACAACAGAGAAGGGCGAGGCCCUCCUUAGCGAGCGGGUAUACAAUGCUUUCCUGGAUGCAUAUCUCACGUUGGCCAGCUUGGAGAAAACUGUGGAACCAGAUGUGUAUUUGACAGAAUUCUGGCAACUCUACGGUGAGAUGGAGCGGAGCAAUUAUCUCAAGCCAAGUGAACAUACGUACGCACUCGCGCUGCUUGCUUGGAUGCGCCACAAUCCGGAAUCGGCUAAGCCAUUGCAUGUUGAGGGCGUGCGAGGGCCAAUGCAAAUCUUGCAGAGCAUUCUAGAUCGCGAAAUCUCAGUUGCGAUUGUGGUGUCCAACAAGGCGUUCACAACGACGGAAGAGUCAGUGCAGGCAAUCAAGGUGCUCUCAAAGGCUGCGGUAGAGGCGGGUCUUUUAACAGUCGUCAACGAGCUCGGCACAGCAGAGAUGCUUGGACGGACGGAGGUCGAUCCGCUUGAGAAUGUGCCUGAGGCGAUACCGGUCAUGCGACCCAAGAGAGUAGAUAUCGAGGUCAAACAGCGACAGGACGGUUCAAUCGCGAGUAUGACGAGCAAGGGCAAACCAGAAGAACAGGAGAGUGAAGUGCCGUAUAACAUUCAAACACUACGCAGGCAUUUAUCACAAUUAGUGCUCGCUCGACGCGUGCUUCCGGAAGAUGUUGCUUCCAGACAAAAGCUGCUGGAAGAUUCAGUGUAUGAUGUUGCCGUAGACCGUCUCAGGCACCAGGCAGAGGUACUUGAUGGGUUAGGUUUGGGCAGUAAGGGCCUGAAGAGCAAGGAUAUCCGCGCUUGGAUGUGGGAGUGGCACCAGAAGCUGCAGGUUCGACUAGAGGCCGAGAUCGCGAAUAUGGUUGCGGAAGAGCGGCACAUACAGGCGGACGUGAAGAUCGGUGAUCCCAAACGUCUGGUCGGGCUGAGCCCAUUCCUUAGCCUUCUCUCGCCAGAGAAGCUCUCCCUCAUCGUGAUACUCGAGCUCAUGCGCCUCGAGGGCACCGGCGGUGUGGUGGAUGGCAUGAAGACGGCACGAGCGCUACUCGCUGUCGGAAAGGCCGUCGAACUCGAGUAUAAGGCCGAGAUGUGCAAAAAGAAUAACAUUAGCAUUCCGACGACCACCCCAGGCCGACCGGCCCACGGAUCCUUCUUCACGAACUUGGGUGUUCGCGAUCUACAUGCACGCCGUGUUACGGCGGCAAAGUUCGUGGAAGACUCGGAGGACUGGACGACGGAGUGGACGCAGACUGUACGUGUCAAGGUCGGCAGUUUUCUCGUUGACUGUCUGGUGGAUAUUGCCACCAUUCUGAGGACAGGCAAUGACCCCAGAACUAGGGAGGAUGUGUCAGAAGAACAGCCCGCGUUUUUCCACACGUACGAGUAUAUUCGCGGAUUCAAGCUCGGCGUCAUCAAACUCAAUCCUCAAAUUGCGGAAAAAAUGGCGAAUGAGUCGCUGCGUGAGACUCUUCACCCUCGACAUCUUCCUAUGCUUGUGGAACCGAAGCCAUGGUUGAGCUAUGAUCAAGGCGGGUAUAUUUACAACAAGACUUGGGCCAUGCGAUUCAAAGAUUCCCAGGAACAAGCAAGCUAUCUGCGGGAGGCAUCUCAAUUGGGUAACCUGGAGCUGAUCUACGCUAGUUUGGAUGUGCUCGGCAGCACCCCUUGGAAGAUCAACCGGAAGGUGUUCGAUGUCGUGCUCGAGGUGUGGAACUCAGGCAAACGGGGGAACAAGAUCCCCCCUGCGGUAUAUGAUGGACCUGAGCCGGAGAGGCCAGAAAAUAUUGAUACGGACCAGGCCCAAAGGCUCAUUUACCUGACGAGGCAGAAACAUUAUAAUUUGGAGAAGGCGCACAACCAUUCAGACAGAUGUAGUGUUAAUUAUAAGAUCGAGAUCGCCCGAGCCUUUCUCGGCGACACGAUCUAUUUUCCGCACAAUGUCGACUUCCGUGGACGUGCUUACCCGAUCCCACCGCACCUGAGUCAUAUCGGCGACGACCUCAGUCGUGGACUCCUGAUGUUCGCCGAGGCGAAGCCUCUAGGAGAAAGCGGUCUGAAAUGGCUCAAAAUUCAUCUCGCCAACUUAUAUGGAUACGACAAAGCGAGUCUCGAUGAUCGUGUCAAGUUCGCGGAGGAGCAUUUCGAUGACAUCUCCGACAGUGCAGAAAACCCCUUGACUGGACGGAAAUGGUGGACCCACGCCGACGACCCUUGGCAAUGUCUUGCCACCUGUAAGGAGCUCAAAGCCGCGCUGGACUCCCCGGAUCCGCUCGCGUACGAAUGCGCCCUGCCCGUGCAUCAAGAUGGCACUUGCAAUGGCCUGCAGCACUAUGCUGCACUCGGUGGUGACGCCCAGGGCGCGAAGCAGGUCAAUUUGGACGUGACAGAUAAGCCCUCGGACGUCUACACCUAUGUUGCGAACAUGGUGGAGCAGGCCAUGCUUAAGGACAUUGAGAACGGUAAUAAGUAUGCGGAGAUGCUGUCAGGCAAGGUGGCGCGCAAGGUUGUCAAACAGACCGUUAUGACAACGGUUUAUGGCGUGACGUUCAUCGGCGCGCGGGACCAGCUCGAAAAGCAGCUGAAGGACAGAGGCGAUAUCCCCUCGGAAGAAUGUUGGAAUGCUGCAACCUAUCUCGCGAAGCAGGUGCUCAGCUGUAUCGGCGAUCUGUUCAAGGGCGCCAAGAGUAUUCAGAACUGGCUGAACGCGUCUGGGCGUCUGAUCGCGAAGUCCAUCCCUCGCGACCGUCUGGGGGAGCUGGAGAAGCCCAUUGUUAACAGGAUCAAUUCGAAGAAUAAAAAGAAGGACACUCCCGCGAACCGCCUGAAGAGAGAGCAAAUGACGUCAGUUGUGUGGACCACGCCGCUUGGGCUCCCGAUCGUGCAGCCGUACAGGGCCACGAAACGCAAGCAAAUCAUCACAGCGAUGCAAACGGUGUACAUCUCCGAUCCAAGCAUUCCAACGCAUGUGAGCUCCAUGAAGCAGGCGUCCGCGUUCCCGCCCAACUUCAUUCAUAGUCUCGACGCGACGCACAUGAUGCUGACUGCACUCGAAUGUCGGUCGCGGGGUUUGACGUUCGCCUCGGUACACGACUCGUACUGGACGCACGCCAAUAACAUUGAUGAGAUGUCCACCAUCAUUCGUGACACCUUUAUUGCGCUCCAUUCCUCCGAUAUUCUGUCGAAGCUCCGAGACGAGUUCAUGGAACGCUACAAGGAUCACUUGAUCCCUGCCAGUAUUUUCAGAAACAAGAAGCGAACACCUGUGGCGGAAGAGCACGGGGCAGACACUGAGGACCUGGAGGCCGCCACCAAGGACGGGGAGGUUGAACCGAUCGUUCAAAAGCGUCGGGCUAGUCGCAAAAAGGUUCCCGCCGAAGAUACUGAGUCUGCCGAUUCCUCCUUGGCGGAUAAGUUUGUUGACCUGACAAGCGUGCUACCGCCUCUCCCUGAGAAGGGCGAGUUCGACGUGAACACCAUCAAAGAAUCGCUGUAUUUCUUCUCGUAA